GUCACUCGCGUGAUGCUGCUCCCACCCUGCCUGGACUACGCUUCCAUUGCCAUUAUCCCCCUUGGACUGCACGAGCGUAGAGUCAGAUUCAUCGCAGGAUACACGUUGGUCCUAAUUAUAGCUCCUUUUUCGGCAUCAUCACGGCAAGUGUUAGCAUAUGCUCUCGCUCUGCAAUGAUCUGGCAGUCCUACGAGAGCUCCUACGAGUCAUAUGUGCGCAGAUUUGACGUUGCGGAACGCCUGAUACAGCGUCAAAGAUCUUCUGGUCUCUUCCAAAUUGAGUGCUACUAAAGUUGUAACUCAACUCGAGGGCGAGAAGUCGGUGGCCGCGUGCUGAAUUGAUUAUCGGAUCGCUGGAUAGGAUACCAAGCUUGAUCUCGCGCUGAGAACUCAUGCUUGGUGCAGGAAACAGGGUUUCCGGUCUCACUUCCGUUUGCACGCCACAUGUCGAGCGCCGAACUUCCUGCUCUCGCACGUUGCUCAUUCGACGCACGUAUCUUCCCCGGCUUCGCCUAUCCUUGAUAUCGAGGCCGAAUUCCAUUUCCCCUCCGAGCGCUUCGAUCCCAUCAUUCCGGUUGCCUGGCCCACACUUCUUCAUCCCACAUGCUCGAACAUAUGCGGACGCACCAUGGGGCACGCGGAACGGCAUAGAUCGUGUUUUCAGCACAAUGUGUACACGGUGUGAGUCUCUGUGGCUUAAAUAGGGCCACCAGAGGAGAGGAGGAGCCGUGCUGUACCGUCCACGAUGCUCUCCGUCGCCGCUGUCCUCGCGCUCUUCGCCGCCACUCCGCUCGCGAGUGCAUCGCUCAUCAAGCCCUUGCUGUCGCGGCAGGCGACGUCGAGGAUCUCAUCCGGAUGCUCCAACGGUGGCGCACUCUCGUGCAGCUCCAGCAAGAGCGGCACUUGCUGCUUUGAGGCUCCUGGUGGUUUGUUGCUGCAGACCCAGUUCUGGGAUACCAGCCCAUCGACUGGACCGUCGAACAGUUGGACUAUCCACGGUCUCUGGCCCGAUAACUGCGACGGCACGUUCACCUCCAACUGUGACUCCUCGCGGGACUAUACCGAUAUCGGAUCGCUGCUUUCGGCACAGGGCGGCAGCUCUACGCUUUCGUACAUGCAGACUUUCUGGAAGAACGACCCGAACGACGGCACCGACGCCUCUCUGUGGGCGCAUGAAUGGGCUGCUCACGGUACCUGCUACAGCACUCUCCACACGUCCUGUCUUCCGUCAGGAAGUCCCAAGGGUGCCGAGGCUGUCGCGUUCUUCGAGACCACGGUCAACCUUUUCAAAACCCUGCCUACUUACGAGUGGCUCGCCGCUGCAGGCAUCACCCCGUCUUCCAGCACGACCCACACUCUGGCGAGCUUGACCUCCGCUUUGCGCAAUGCUUGGGGUUUCACACCCGCAUUGAGCUGCACCGGUAGCAACCUGGGCGGUAUCUCAUACUACUUCCAUGUCUCGGGCAGUCUCAUCGAUGGGACCUUCCAACCCAUUGAUUCGCCCUCGAGCUCUACUUGCCCCUCGAGUGGCAUCAAGUACCUCACCAAGACCGGUUCGCCUGUCGGCACUACCACUGUGGGCGGCACCACGACUCACCGCACGACCGCGACGGGAACCAGGACGACCACGAGCCCGACAAACACUGCGACCGGUACACCCGGAAACCUGCCCUCGACCGCCACCAUCCAGGCGUCGAGCGUCGGCGGGCUGCUCUCGCUCGGGACGUGGUCGACUCAGACGCUGGCGACGUACCAUCUGUCGGGCACGACCGACAGCUUCACCAUGACGACAUCGAAGGGCUCCUGCGGCGUCAGCGGCGGCCAGCUCGCUUGCGGAAGCGGGGCUUCGACUACAUCCUUCUCGCUCGUCUCCAGCGGCGGCUCGCUCCUCCUUGCAUCGGACGGAUCAACGGACUGGUCCAGCUCCAACACGCCCAGCGGACAGGUCCAGGAGGCUGUCUUCUCUGGAACCGGCCAGGGUAUCUCGUAUACCCUCGAGGUCAUUGGGUCGUGAAAGUGUAGCUUCAGCUAUAUCAUCUCAUCAUGUAAAGUAAAAGUAACCAAUGCCAUCCAGCCGUCACAGAU